CUUCCUUUUUCUCCAGACCAGAGCAGACCCCUAGACCCCGCAGUACUCCCUUCGUCUUUGGAACACGCUAGUAAUUCACUGAUAACAGGAAGCUAUGAGGGACCCUGUGAGCAGCCAGUACAGCUCCUUUCUUUUCUUGAGGAUGCCCAUUCCGGAACUGGAUCUGUCUGAGCUGGAAGGCCUGGGUCUGUCCGAUACACCUACCUACAAGAUCAAGGGCAGCAGCGCUAGCAAAAUGACCGGGCAAGCAACUGGAGCAGAACAGAAGAACGCUGAAGGUGAUAUCCUCCUUGAGUACAGCACCUUCAACUUCUGGAGAGCUCCCAUUGCCCACAUCCACGCCUUUGAACUGGACUUGCUCUUAAGGCCAAGACUUGUCUCCUGCCACCUUGUCCUUGUUGUCUUCCCUUUCCAGCUCUUCUCUUCCAUCCCUUUACCAUUUUAA